CAAAUCUGACUUUAGAUUUGAGAUUCCACCUUCAAUGACCUUCUCAGGGUCAACGAAGAUCUUUUUACAACUUGCUUCAAAUUGACCAAUUUAUUUUUUCAAAAUCACUUACAAGGUCUAAGAAAUUCAAAUUUGACUAAGAUUGAACUCAUUAUAUUUUGAGCAACAAGAUGGUGACAUUUUGUCAUGUUAAUGCCAAUAUGUUAAUAUCAAAUAGAAGUAUUAGUCAUGUGCUUUGAUAAAGGCGUACUUCUCUAUCCUGUAGAUGUAUGAUCCACAGAAAAUAAUGAAUCUCGGUUUCUUAUUUAGGUAUCAUAUAAAUGUGUAACCUGAGUAUUAUAAGGAAGUUAUAAUUGAUGUGUCACGAUGCACAGGAAAUAAAGCAACAUAAGAUAAUCAUGUUUUCUUUAUUCAUUUUUAACAAUAUCAGACAAAAUGGCAUAUUUUUGGCAUACAUUUAGUAUGAUCACUCAGUGAGUUAACAGUGAGGAAAAUCUGUGAGAUCUGUACAGUCACACCAUACAACAAGAUGGCUGUGCAGUGUAUGUACUACAAUAUUGUUGUGAUAUUCCUGAUUUGGCAACCUAUGUGUCAUAGUCUAUGUGUGAAUAAACCGCAUGGUUUAGAACUAAAUUUGGAAUGUGAUCAAGGUAGAACCAUUUUCAUGACAAAGGUCAUUCAUUAUGGUCAUACGUUUUCUUUUCGAUGCAAUAAAACAAUCCAAAAGAGUGACUGGAGACAAGAAUUAGUAAAUUGUAAUUGGAAAUCCAUGUGCAAUCUAAAUGCAAAACCAACAUGCAGAAGCUGUUUGAUUUGUAUUCAUUAUGAGGAAGUUUGUUAUGACUGCCUCCUGUCUACUAGACAAUGCGUGGGACAAAAUAUGACUUUAGAGUGUGAUGAAAAUUAUUCUAUUAAAAUAUCAUCAGUACUCCACGGGAAAGCUUUUCCAUGUUAUGGAGAUGUAUUACAUUAUUAUGUAAAUGAGAAAAGGCUAAACUAUAUAUCAGACUUCUGUAAUGGCCUUGAGGAGUGUUCAUUUCAAUCCUCUCUAACAAGACGAUGGUUGUUUUUGUGGAUGCAUUACAAUUAUGAAUGGGUGUUUUAUGAAUGUACAUAUGAUCCAAAACUUUCAACAACACAGUUUGGAACAACCUUAAAAACAACAAUACAAUCAACAUCAUCACAAUUGACCAAAUCUUCAUCUGAAAGUGUCACAACAGAACAGUCCACUUCAAGUCUUCAAACAUUUUCUAGGGAUAUAUUCUUUUCAACAAGAAGCACUAGAAUGAGCAUAACAGACAGUUCACAUAACAAAGAAGGAACAUUUGAAGACCACCACCAGACGCCUGUAGCAGCCAUAGUUGUGCCAUCAGUAUUAGGGGGGAUGUUUCUUGUUAUGAUUUUGCCACUGAUAGUGUUUCUUAUCAAGAGGAAAAGGAAGAAAAAUUCUAGACCAAAAGAAAUGGAAGAUAUGCAAUCAAACAGUGACACAAUCUAUGGGAAUGCUGCCUUCAUAAAGGACUUAAGUGCCAAAACUGGACUCAAAGAGAGAUCCAACAAAAGUGCAAUGUAUUCAUCAACUACACCAAGAAACAUCCAACAGGAUGAAGAGGAUUUUGAAAAUGUUUACUACAAGAUUCAAACAGGAGUAGCUGUGAAGCAAGAGGAGUACUAUACACAUAUCAUUAAACAAGAUGAUAAUACUAUAUAUUAUAAUGAUGCUAAUGCAGCUCACAAUGGAGAAAUAGCACAACCAGAGGAUAGACAAGAUGAUAGUGCUAUCUAUUAUAAUGAUG